AUGACAGAAGUUGGUUGGUGGAAGCUGACUUUCCUCCGAAAAAAGAAAUCCACUCCCAAGGUGCUGUAUGAGAUCCCAGACACCUAUGCCCAAACAGAGGGGGGCACGGAGCCCCCACGGCCCGAGGCCGGGGACUCCACCAGCGACUUUAACACCCGCCUCGAGAAGAUUGUGGACAAGAACACGAAGGGCAAGCAUGUCAAAGUCUCCAACUCGGGUCGGUUCAAGGAGAAGAAAAGAGUUCGGGCCACACUGGCAGAGAACCCCACCCUCUUUGAUGACAGGGAGGGCAAAGGACAGUGA